AUGGCAGGAAUGAGGGCCAUUGACCAGCCGUUCCAAGGACGGAUUAAACUGACAUGGUGAACCAAUGACCCUGUACAGGUUGAUCAGUGGCCCUUAAAAAAGGAACGACUCGUUCACCUGAGAGACCUAGUCCAAGAACAACUAAAUGCAGGACAUAUAGUGCCAACCUCCAGUCCGUGGAAGGCUCCUAUGUUCUGCAUUCCGAAAAAAAGUGGCAGCUGGCGUAUGCUGCAAGAUCUUAGAGCAGUCAAUUCAGUCAUUGAACCUAGGGGGGCAUUACAACUAGGACUCCCCUUACCUGCUAUGAUUCUAGCGGGAUGGCCAUUAAUGGUAAUUGACCUGAAGGACUGUUUCUUCGCUAUUUUCCUACACCCUGACAAUGCCCCACGUUUUACCUUCUCAAUCCCUACUUUAAAUCAUGCAGAGCCUAUGCAAAGAUUCCACUGGGUCGGUUUUCCCCAGGGUAUGCGCAAUAGUCCAACUAUUUGCCAGACUGUUGUGGCUAAGGCUAUCCUGUCUUGGUUUGUGUAUGGCCCUUAA